UCUUCGCUCUCUAAUACCUCUCAUAUCCAAAACCUGAUCUCUACUGUCUGACCGUCCGAUAAACACACUCCGAUCACAAAUGUCAACAUCCAACGGCGAGAAAAGCUUGAUCGUGAGCCUCGGUGAGAUGCUCAUCGACUUCGUUCCCACCGUCUCCGGCGUCUCACUCGCCGAGGCUCCUGGCUUCAUCAAGGCCCCCGGUGGCGCACCUGCCAACGUCGCCAUCGCCGUGUCACGUCUCGGUGGUCGCGCUGCUUUUGUCGGAAAGCUCGGUGACGACGAGUUCGGUCACAUGCUCGCCGGGAUCUUGAAACAAAACGGCGUCUCUGCCGAAGGAAUCAACUUUGACACCGGAGCUAGGACAGCACUCGCGUUCGUGACGCUAAGAUCCGACGGAGAACGUGAGUUUAUGUUCUACCGGAACCCUAGCGCCGACAUGCUCCUCUGUCCCGAUGAGCUUAAUCUCGAUCUCAUCAAAUCUGCUAAGGUGUUCCACUAUGGAUCAAUAAGCCUCAUCGUUGAGCCAUGCAGAUCUGCUCACCUGAAGGCCAUGGAGGUGGCUAAAGAAGCCGGUGCGUUGCUCUCUUACGACCCAAACUUGAGGCUGCCAUUGUGGCCCUCGAAGGAGGAGGCUAAGAAGCAGAUUCUUAGCAUCUGGGACAAAGCUGAAGUGAUCAAAGUCAGUGAUGAAGAGCUUAUGUUUUUGACUGGAUCUGAUAACGUUGAUGAUGAGACUGCUUUGUCCCUGUGGUAUGAUAACUUGAAACUUCUCUUGGUCACUUUGGGGGAAAAGGGUUGUAACUAUUACACCAAGAGUUUCCGUGGAUCUGUUGAUCCAUUCCGUGUGAACACAGUGGAUACAACUGGAGCUGGUGAUUCAUUUGUUGGUGCCUUGCUUAACAACAUUGUUGAUGACCGCUCUAUACUUGAGUACGAAGCUCGUCUUAGAGAAGUGCUUAGGUUUGCUAAUGCAUGUGGAGCCAUAACAACUACAAAGAAAGGAGCAAUUCCAGCUCUUCCUACAGUGUCUGAGGUUCAGACUCUCCUCAAUGGAAACUGAUCGAUCUACAAGUCUGGAUUUUUAAUUUCACGUUUUACUUUUUUUUUUCAUUUUGCUUUUGGUUUGUUGUUCAGACAACUGUUUGAUCCUGGUAUCGAUCUUGUUUUAUUCAACUGUCUUGUAUUUUGUGUCUCACUUUAAUUAAAAAAAAAGUAACUCGUUACCAUUUUA